CUUGCCUCCUAGGAAUUAUCCUUCUGACAUGAACCAACUCCCAGGUUCAGUAUCUAGAGGGAAGUUUCUAGCAAAGUAGUCUUCUAUUUUCGCUGCUCCGAACCGUUGGCUGCACAAUCGCAAUCAGCACAGCCGUUGACGUGACGACGGUAGACUGUCCUCGCAGCAUUGCUGCCCUUUCUUCUCUACGCUCCAGCCCGUAUGGAGUGAGAGCGGCUCGGCCGUAAUCGUGUUAGGCUGGACGGUUGUCAUCCAUUACUAGUUUCCGUACGGCACGUGUUAGCCUCUCUGUCGCUCCCGCCGUUCGGCCUUACUGCUUAGCGAGAGGAAGAAACUGCCCGAGGACAAUACAAUAGAGUAGCAGCAGCAGCGGAAUGGGAGCGUAACCGUCGAUUCUCUAACUUUACUCUAGGUCUAGAGCCGAAUGCUAGCCGAUGGUUCAAUAGGAGCUCCUUCGCCGCGUCGAAAGACCCACCCGAAGAGAAAUGGGCUGUCUUGGGUCGAAAUUCGACAACCCUGGGAAGAGCACCGCCAUCACGGACCAAUACAGCAACAAUAUUUCCUCCUUCCAGACCAAUUCCUCCAAGGACUCCGAUAUCUUCGUCUCAGCCGACGAGUCGAUCGCCACGCGAUCCAGCUCCGGCGGCGCCCCCGCCCCCGACCCCGCGAACCUCGUCCCCAGCUCCCUGCGACAGUUUCCGUUCGCGGCGCUAGAGGCUGCGACGAGCAAGUUCCACCGGCGGAACUGCAUCGGCGAGGGCGGGUUCGGGAUCGUGUACCGGGGGGUCCUCCAGCCGGGGGCCAAUGGGCUGGGCCCGACGCCCUCGGAGGUGGCCAUCAAGCGCAUGCGCGAGUCGAACGAGCGGUACACGGAAGAGUUCCUGAAGGAGGUGAUCGUGCUGGGGCGGCUGUCGCACCCGCACCUGGUGCGCCUGCACGGCUACUGCAUGGAGCGCGACGAGGCGCUGCUGGUGUACGAGUUCAUGACGGGCGGCUGCUUGCACCGCGCGCUUGUCGACAGUGCGAACGGCGAGCUGUUUUUCAGCUGGGACAUGCGGCUCAAGGUGGCGGUGCAGAUAGCGGAGGCCCUGGCGUACAUGCACGGCCUCAACUUCAUCCACCGGGACCUGAAAGCAGCGAACGUGCUGCUAUCUCCUGAGUACGAUGCCAAGCUGACGGACUUUGGGAUGGUGCGGGUGGGGCCGGAGGGGCAGCUGGAGUCGAUAGUGUCGACCCGCAUCAUGGGGACCGAGGGGUACAUCGACCCCACUUACAUGGAGACAGGUCACCUGGGCGCCAAGAGCGACGUCUACUCCUUUGGCGUUCUCCUCUUGGAGCUGGUGACGGGGCGCAGCGUGGUGGACGAGGGCAGCAAGAUGGUCACUGAGUGCAGAACGCGCUUCUCGGACCUCAAGCUCAAAGCAGCGGCCUACGUCGACCCGAAGCUCGGCAACCAGUAUCCAGAGCUGGGCGCCCGGACCUUGGCGACUCUGGCUCGGCACUGCGUGGCUGAGAGUCGGUCGAGCCGGCCGGAGAUCAGCAGUGUGCUUGAGAAGCUGAAGAUGCUGGUAAGGGCGUGUGCGCAUGCCGAGGCGAAAGCGGCAGCUAAAGCUGCAGCGCUGGCAGCAGGGGAGUCGGGGUCUGGUGAAGAAGCAGGGUCAGAGGCAGAGGGUGCAGAGACAGAGGUUGCAGAGGCGAAUGGGGUUGAAGAGGGCCCACCACCACAGUCAGCUACUGCGCCAGUCUAGGUUGCUGGGCUGACUUUCCUAGUCAUCUCAAGUUUUCCUCUCUGUAAGAUAGGAAAGGAGGAACACUUAUGGUACUGUAGUUGCACAGAAAAUAAGUGGAAAGACAUCAUGGCACCAUGAGAUAGCAGCUUCAUGGUGCGCUCUGAAGUACACUUCAAGGUUAUGGACGUAGACGAAUAGUGUAUGUAAUUCUCCUUGUGCCAUUGGCUGUUGAAAUCGACCACUGAUU